CGCACCACACCACACCAUCCUUGUGAAAGGGGGUUUCAGGCCGUGUCACUAAUUGGCUUCACUCACUCACAUGUCAUAACCAACUUCAUCUGCAUUCUUGAGUACCCAAAAUAAGAGAACUCUAUAAAGAUCAUCUCAUUUGGUUUGCCCAUUGGAACAUAAAACAGUUGUGUGUUGGUGUUUCUUUACUAUUUGGUUCUGAGUUCUUAGAACAAUACUACUAUAUUUCCUUUGAUGAACAACAACACCAUCUAAUUAAAACUCCUACUGAGUAAGUUUCUUUGAAGUGUAUCAUACAUUCUAUCAACACCUAUCGUUUAUCUGUAUCUCUCUUUUCCUCGCAUCAUAUCACCUGUCAUACAUACACUUUUUUUCCUUUCCCCUCUUUAUAAGGUGUUGAAUAGAGUUUAGUGUCCGCCAAAGUUUUCUCGUUUCUCUUGUGUUGGCUUAACUAACAGGCACUAUGUUGGAGGGACAUCAACUUUUGGGGUUUGGCUUCUUUGUAAUUGGUUUAUGGCACUUGUUCAACCACAUCAAGCUCCAUGCUCUUAGUUCCAAGUCCUACACAUCAACCCUAUGGUUUCCCACCACAAUAUCCAGAUACUUGGAGCUCCACUUCAUCAUGGCAAGCUGCACAAUCUUCAUUGCCAUGGAACUCUUCAUCGCUCCCAUUCAUCACCAACCAUUAGACCCUGAUGGAACCAUUCCCACCACCCAUCUCCACAACUUUGAACACUCUUCCAUGGCCAUGGCUUUCUUGGUCUAUGCCAUAUUUGCCAUAGUUCUUGAUAGAAUUAAAUGCACCAAAGCACAGCAUGAGCUAACUCACUUGCUAGGAGCCAUAGCUUUUACACAACAAUUUCUUCUCAUCCACCUUCACUCUAGAGAUCACAUGGGUCCAGAAGGCCAAUACCACUUCUUGUUGCAACUUUUGAUUAUUAUUUCUUUGAGUACAACACUAAUGGGAAUUGGCUUCCCUAAGAGCUUCUUGGUCUGCUUUGUGCGUUCUGUCAGCAUAAUCUUCCAAGGUGUGUGGCUUAUGGUCAUGGGGUUCUUGCUUUGGACACCAGGGUUUCAAGCCAAAGGUUGCUUCAUGCACCUUGAUGAGUCUGAUGAAUAUGUGGUUAGAUGCAGUGAUCAUGAGUCCCUUCAUCGUGCCAUCUCCUUGGUGAACAUUCAGUUCAGCUUCUUGUUGAUUCUAGUCACCAUUUUCGCCAUGUCUUUCUACUUGAUUCUGGUCAGAAGAUAUGGUGGUGAGAAAGUGGAGUAUGUUUUUCUGACAAAGGAGGAACAUUACCGUGAAGAAGAUGGCUUUGUGAAACCUAACAACGACGUUGAAUCCCAAUCCCAAGAGAAAAGCAUGCAAGAGCAGAUUUAAAAUAAGCACUUUCUUGGUGUAAACGGUGAAUUAAUCAGAAAUAUUAUCAUUCUUAUGAUUUUCAAAUAAUUAUUGUAAAAAAUCAACAAAUUUACUGUUAUGGUUAAUUUAUUGAGCCUCUGAAUCACAUUAGUGUGUAUGUAAAUAUUCAGAAAGAGUCUUGCUAUCAGUGAUCUUACUCUGUAGGAACAGAAUUAUCUUCUGAUAAAAAAUGCAUGUAGAUUAGCUCUAUCA